GUUUUCUUCAUGCACAUUUUUUUAUCAACUUGUUUAGAAUUUCAUCAUUAUUAUUUAAAUUUUGACACUAACGCUUGUAUUGUAACGUAAUUUUUAUUUUUUAGGAUCUAUAGGAACAAAUCUAUUGAUAUACAGGACCUGUUAUUUAAUAUUAGGAUAUAAUGAAACAGAAUGCGCUUUACUAGGAAAUACAAACAUUGAAAAUAUAGAAAAAUUAGAAAAACUGGUACAGCCUACAGCUAAUAUAAUAGCUACUACUAAAUGGACGAUUGAACAAAUCAUUGGACUUGGUAUAUGUAUUUUUAAUGCACAAUUGUCUGAUAAAUAUGGAAGAAAACCGGUUUUGAUUGUUGCCCAAAUAGGUAUUUGUACAAGAGAUUCAAUUAUUUAAUCAACAUAUUUCUUGUCAAGGUAUUCAAAAAUUACACGCAUUUUUCCACAGAUAUUUUAGUUACCCUAUUUAUAAUCCAUAUAAAUCACCUCGUAUAAAUAAUUUAUUUUUAUAAUUCACAUAAAUCCCCCCCGUUUAAAUAAUAUAUAAUAAACGUAAGAAUAUUAAUAUAUUUUAUUAUUCAUUCAGUAGAUUAUAUCACCGAAAUUAAAAAUAUUUAAAGACGGCUCUGCCUACAUAGCGACUGAAAACAAUCUUUCGGUUUUUUUAUUUCCAGGAAAAUAUAUUUGCAUACUUGCGUUCAUUUACAAACAUUUAGCGCCAAAUGGGCCUUUCCCAUUAUUGAUAAUCUCUAUUUUCGCUUAAAAUCAUCAAAAUUUGUCGUCGUUAUGUUUCCUAUUCUGAGUUCCAAUUGCACAUCCGCAAAUUUUAGUUUAUUUUUGCGUUUAAUAGUGUUAGUAGGGGAGCCAGUUGUACUUUUAAGUGUGUUAUUUGCAAAAGGCAAAAUUACAAUUAUAUCGUACAUUCUUACCUUAAAGAAAAUAUAAUCAGGAGCCCUAUAUGAAGACGUCUUAAAAAAGUUUGGGUAGAAAAUGCUGUCAUAGAAGAGCAAGCGUGAAACUUUUUUUUAUUAUUUACAUCAGAAGUUAAUAGAAUAGUUUGCUUCUUCUUGAAAUUCGAUUUACAGUACCUUCUUCUUGCUUGCUCUUGCUGACAGGGCAAUUCACCGCUAGAUCUAUGGCAGCAAACGAUUUUCAUUAAUAUAUGUAUCACACAGCGCACAAGGAAACGUUAUUCGUUUCCUGUUCGCCCGAAAGCUAACUCUGUAGUUUUCGCUUCGAUGCUAGCAAACCGUAUUGGAAGGGGUUCAAUAACCAAUACUGUAUGGUUGUUCAAAACCUGAAAAUCCGGAAAAUAAGUAUACAAGAUUAUACAAAUACUUCUACUUUCGGCACUAACUGUAAAAUGCAACUAAAACAAGUGUUGUUUCGAGGACAUGAAAAUUUCUUGAUGUUUUUGUUAAUGCGAACCUGUAUAGAUCUUUCAACUAAACGCUAUAUUUUCAAAAUUAUAGGAAUGGCAUUAGGUCUUUUCAUAAUGGCUGUAUUUAGUUAUUUUCCAAAUAUAUCUCCUUGGUACUUUUUAUUUGCAUCAAUACCAUCAAUGUUAACAGGAGGUGGUUGUUCCACAGUUCUUGUCAUUACACUAUCAUAUAUGUCUGAUGUUACCACUGAAGAUACUCGAGGAGUCAGAAUGGCUAUAAUGGAAGGUAUAAUUGGAUUAGGUGUAUUAUUUGGCAGCACCUCAAGUUCCUAUUUAUUCUAUGCAACUAAUUAUCCAUCUGUUUAUGCUAUAGCUGGAGGUAUUUCAACUGUGGGUAUUUUAUAUACAAUAUUUUUUGUACCCGAAUCUCUGAAAAAUAUUAAUAGAGAGGGAGAAAUAACAGUAAAGAACCUACUUAUGUCUUUCAAUUUCAAGGAACUAUUCAGAGUAUUUACAAAAAAGCGUCCAAAUUAUGAUAGAGCAAUAAUUUUUUUAAUAACUACUAUGUUGACUUUAUUUAUGCUUGGACUAGGUAGUGGCUCCAAAACUUUUCUAUUUUUGACAAGUAAAUUUAGUUGGACUUUAACAGAGUACACAUGGUAUACAGGUGUAAGCAGCAUCUUUUUUAUGAUUGGUGGUAUAUUUGGUACUCUUAUAAUACACAAAUAUUUAAAAAUAACAGAAUCAAUAGUUGUGCUCAUGGGUUUUAUGUCCGAAGUGAACGGAUUUUUAAUUAGAGGAUUAGCCACCCGAUCUAGAGACAUUUAUUUAUGUAAGUUAAAAUUUUACCCACUGAUGAAGUAGCUAAACUAUUCUCCUUAAUAACCGUUAUACAAUCUGUAUCUAGUAUAACAGCAUCUCCAUUUUUUACUUUAAUUUAUAAUUCAACUGUGAAUACAGAUCCGGCCAUUUACAAUUUUGUUGCAUCCGGGUUGGAUAGUAUUUGCGUUAUUUUAGCUGUGUAAGUAUUUUUUUAUAGAAGUAAUUAUUCAGAAAUACCUACAAUUUACCCAUUAAAAUCAAAUAAUCUAAAAUUAUUGAUCUCAACACUUCUUACAAAUCAGGACUGGAC